UUCAGUUCGUAACCGUUUGUUUAGUUUUCCAUGCAUGAUUAUUUGUAUGGCAGGGGUGGCAAUCGUUGGAUUUCAACUUAAAAUGAUUCCAGAAUUACAGGAAAUUCUGCAGCUGAUACAGGAGAAACUGUAUCGUGGUUAUAUGUGUUCGAAACAAAGUGGAAUCGACUGGCUUAAUACGGUUUGUGGAGAUUUCUUCAAACUUUUUCGGGUCUUGCACAAAUUUAUAGUAUUUGAAGCGUGCAACAAUGUUGGUGUUAUGAAAAUUACAUUUCUCUGUUUGUCACAAAUAGUGGUAUGCAUUCGGUGUUUGGAGCAGACGUUGAUGGUUGAAUGCGAAAAACAAUGUGUUUUAUCGUCAACUCGGCAAUGUUUUCUGGACAGGAUAGUUUGGUGUAUGGCGAAGCUGAAAGCUUUGUCAGAGGAUUCAGAUUCUGUAGAGCGUGAAAACACAAUGGAAUCAAAUUUUGUUAACUUUCUCGAUUUGGCACUCAGUUUGGUCGAACCUCUUACGGUUGCUUUUGAAAGUAAGCACGAAAUCAAUCAAGCACAGCAAGAUGCUGAAGCUAUGAUGGAAACGGCAAAGAUAAGAUCGGUUGUAGAAGCCCUUGUUGCACAAACGCUCUCCUUCGGUAAUGUUUUAAAUGCGAAGGAACGAACUCAGCUAAUGGGCGCCAGUCAAAAAGUGCUGAAGGAAUGCAUUUCAUUGGAAAAGGAAUCGGCGCUGGUAGAGGGAGAGGAUAAACCAAACGCCCAGAGUCGUCUUCUGAAAGCAAGUGCUUUAGAAAGCGCUAUUUUUCAGCUAGAAGCACAAGUUAAUGACUGUCUGCUGCGGCUGGUGUACGAUACGUUUGCUGAGUUAAAUCAGAAUUUGAUUGGAGACAUGAGAAGUUUGGUGAAGAAUGAAGCACCAGAAGAAGAUAUCAGUUCUGCUACUGAUAAGUUUGAUUCACUUGUGGAUAAGAUGAUGCAAAUAGGAUUAUUCGCAAUAUCUUACGCUGAUAAUUAUAAGGUUGCUUCAACGAUUAGAAGCUGUUUAGCGUCGAUAGAGGCUUUGGACUCUUAUCUUGUUCCCUCCAUUUUUGUACCCUGUAAUCACCAUUCCAAGCUGCUGGAAGAACACUGGUCUGCCGAACUUUCCAUGCUUCGGUACCACGUUCAAAGGAUAAUAGACAGUAAUGCUUUCGCGUUGGCUCUAGUGGAGAUAUUGGACUGUGGCAUAGACUCGCUCCUGUGCAGUUUCAAUGUGACGGAAGCGUUGACACUGAUUCGGCAAGCGGAGGUUUUCAGGGAGCAUUUGGAAUUUAAUUUUUCAGAUUUGAAGUUGGCCGAGGAACCGCUGAAAAUUCACUUCGAAGACUUCAAAACGAUGGUACUUGAAUGUAGGGCUAUUGUAAAGUGUUUCAAGGAAGAUCCAACGAUUGAUACAGAUCGUAUUCUUAAGAGAUUUCGGAUAAUGUUGAUAAAACUGAAAAAAAUUCAACAAACAAUCAGUGUUGGUAAAUCGAAAGAUGCAUCAACAGCUCAUACAAGCGAAGUACAGCUGCUCAUUCCGGAUUUGGCUAGAACCGACGAGGAAAAAGCUGUGGAGCAGAGCGUUAAAGAUUUCUUUUCUAGCACCAUUCCGCGACCCUCAAUGACUAGCAUUUUGUACCGCAGCCGACGUGGGCAGGGUCGUUCCCGGCAAGGUUCUAUUGCUUCACUCGGAGAGUUAAAGAGUUUUUCAGAUGUAACGGCUCAAUUGCGUCAGCGCGCGGAAACAACUCCGGAAAAAAGCGUUGCAGGUGUGGCGGCAGGAGCAUGUUCUAGCAGGAAACGAAGAAAUAGCCUGCGGGUGGCAAUCUUCAAGCGGAAGCACAACAAACAGACGGCGGAGUUUUUUGACAGUUUUCGAAGUGAAAUCGACUUUCAGAUUACGGAAAUUUUGGACCAACUUAAUGAUCUUUCAACCACAUUUUCCCAAAACGAACAUGUGGAGCCUGAUACUCCGACUAGCAAUGUCACUGAGGAGAAACCAGUUACCAAAAAGUCUAUCACCAAAGAGGAGAUAGCAAUUUUGGACGAUAAUAGAAUUUGUAUUAAUAUAACUACCGAUAUUUGAAACUGUUUCAGGUAAUUUGUCUGAAAUUUAAACUGUGUACUAUAUUAUAAGAUGUACGAGUAGGGCUAACCAGAAGACAAAAAAAAAUAAUAUAAAGGUAUAGUUAUAAGCCGAUUAUAAAGAAUCCAGUGAUUCUCGAGGUUUUUACAA